GGGGGCGCAAAAACAGAGUACCAGGGUUCGAACAAGAGCCCAACAGGCGAGGGUGCAAGUGAUGACUCACAAGGAAGCUGCGGCUACUGAUGGUUUCCUAGUCUCUGUUACUGAUGCUAGUAGUGUGACAUCGAGACUAGAAGACAUACCGGUAGUGCAUGAGUUUCCGGAUGUAUUUUCGGAGGAUUUCCCGAGUUUACCUCCGGAUAGAGAGGUUGAAUUUGCUAUUGACCUUGUUCCUGGCACCGGACCCGUUUCCAAAGCACCAUACUGUAUGGCUCCUGCAGAAUUGAAGGAGUUAAAGGUCCAGUUGGAGGAACUCCUUGAGAAAGGGUUUAUACGCCCUAGUGUAUCACCUUGGGGAGCUCCAGUGUUGUUUGUCAAGAAGAAGGAUGGGAGCAUGAGGCUAUGCAUUGAUUACCGGGA